GAGUUGCCAACAGCCUAAACCGAGAGACGAAGAAGACAUUUAUUUUGAAACAUCUCCCCGGAAGUGGUCGUUGGUGUUUACAGUGUUUUUGCUGCUGCAUUCAAACAACAGCCGACAGUGUUUCGUUUUCUUCUCUCUUCUUCUCUUCCUGAGGGUGAAACAUGUCCAGACUUCAGAGUCUGAAGCUGUUCAUCAGCCAGCGGCUGAGUGCAGCUGUGGAGGAGAUCUUCGGUCAUGUUGAGAGAACAAUAGAGGAGUAUGAAGAGGAGAUGAACCAGCGACACCGAGAGCUGAUGAUAAAACCUCAUCAGGUUAACCAGAGGACUGGAGCAGAGCCCCCACACAUUAAAGAGGAACACGAGGAACUCUGGACCAGUCAGGAGGGAGAGCAGUUUCAAGGGCUGGAGGAGGCUGAUAUCAUCAAGUUCCCAUUCGCUCCUGUCUCUGAGGAUGAGGAAGAGGAACCUCAUUCCUCACUGCUUCAUCAAAGACGAUCUGAACAGAUGCAUACAGAAGCUGAUGGAGAGGACUGUGGAGGACCAGGACCAGCCAGGAACUCAGAUCCAGAUACCGAAGACAAGACUGGAGACUCUUCUGAACCUGAGACAGAAGACACUUCUGAACCAGAGAGUGAUGACAGCGAUGAUGAUUGGAAGCAGACCAGAGUACGUCGAUCAGUUUUAAACUCCUGCCUUGUCAGUAAUGAGAGAUGUAAUACUGACAAGAACUUAUGUAUCUGCUCCGAGUGUGGGAAAAGAUUUGGCAACAAGACAAAUCUGAAGGUACACAUGAUAAUUCACACGAGAGAGAAACCAUUUAGCUGUACAGCUUGUGGUAAAAGAUUUUCUAAGAAGCCUAAAUUAAUUCGUCACAUGAAACGUCACACGAGAGGAGAACAUUACAGCUGUUUAGUUUGUAAGAAGCGAUAUAGAUAUAAACACGGUCUUGGCAGACAUAUGAGAACUCACAAAGGAGUGAAACUGUCUACUUUCUUUGUUACUGACACAAAUAAACCACAGUAACACUCUCAAAGGAUCAGAUCCAGAUAAACAUUUACAACCCAACACCGAGGACUGAUAUUGGACCUUUCAAAGAAAAGUUAAAGCACUUCUUUUCAGAUGAUCUUUCAUCACAAUCAUGUGAUCAUUACCUGUAAAAAAAUGACAUGCUAAGUGUUUUAUUAAGUUUGGAAUCUGACAAUUCAAAUGUACAGUUUAUUAUUGAAGGCAUAAGUAUGUUGCCUGUGUAAUGUCUCUGUUAUGUCAAUGAACUUCAUUAUAUUGUUGCUGUGUUAUUCACAUGCCUCAAGAAAACAACUGUCAAGAUGUAGAAGAGACCAGACUGAGGGUGUGUUAGUAAGCCUUUAAAAAAAGCUGGUCGCUGUGUACUUUUUAGACAACAACUUUAGUAAUUGUGUGUGAAGGGUUUGACGUAAGUUACUGAGCUUUUAUAACUUAAAUAAUGUAAGGACGACAACAUAAUAACGAAUAAAAUACUCUACUUGUCCUGCUUAA